AAGGAGAUCAAUGGCGUCGUGUUCCCAGAAGACGAAGCAAGCUUGAAACGACUCUCUUCAUCCGGUUUGAAUCCAAAAGUACUUCGUUGUGAAAGUUUUGUGUAUAUUUUUCAAUAUUUCGACAAAAUGGUCAAAGAAACAGCCCUGUACGGUAAGUAAUCUUCAAGAAUACCUUUCUAUACGAUUAAAAAUUUUAGUAUCGUUUCUUCAGACAGCUUUUUAACGUGUUUUUGAUUGACAUCAAUGUGAGUCACCCACACGUGUUGAACCUGAUGUCAUAACUGAUUUUGUGUGUUUAAACUGAUAAUAACUGUUGUUCUCUUUAAGAUACACUGGAAGUGAAACCUACAGCUACUCCCGAAGAAUUAAAGAAGGCGUAUCGUAAACUCGCAAUGAAAUAUCAUCCUGAUAAAAAUCCCAAUGAGGGAGAGAGGGUAUAAAAUGCUUUGAACUGUGUUUAUAAAUUAAAAGUUGUGUCGUAAUACUGUCAUAGACUGUUUGACAACACAACACUUUUCAGUAAUAAGUUGGUCAGAAUUCAAUUUCAAAGCGGUUCUGUUAGGGUAAAAUUCAGAUAAGUUGUGUUGUGCCCUAAUGCACCGUACAUUAUUAUUUUACUUUAUUACAAUUACUGGCCUAAAUGCCAGCCAAUUUCACUCGUCAAGGGGAGAACGCUGCCCAGAGCACACUUCUUCGCUCCAAGAUGGCGCGAACCAAGGGACAGAUAAAUUUUGUUGAGAAAAAACACAAGUCAAAGUCGAUCAACCAGCGGAUUAGGGGGAUCCAACAACUUAAAUUGUUCAUGUCAUGAUGUAUUGGUUAAAUUCUGACAAUUAUUUCAGUUCGUCCUGUCUAUUAAACGGGUAGUGAUUGACCAAAUUUGCCACAAUCCGAAAUUAUGAUUAUGCGACAAUCUAUAUGAUAAUAAUACUGAUUUAAUUUAUAAUGAUGUCAGUUGACCAACAGCACCAUGCUAUUGGUAUGCUUCACAUAUUAAUUCUGUUGCUUCAACAUGCUAUGUUAAGAUGCAACAUGUAUCAGAGCAAUGAAUUUAAUUUUUAAUUAAAGUCUGUAUUUUCUCAACAAUUGGUUUACACAAUCAGAAGUGCAGAUAAAUACCGAUGAUGAUUAUUAUUAUAUACACAAGGUCUGGAUAUAAGGUAUUCUGCAAUCUGAUUGGUUCUCUACUGGCAGGAUAUUAGCUCAUAUCCUGCUAGUAGAGAAAAACACAAUUACAGGAUUAAAAACACAACGAACAAGCUCCCACAAAUUGUUUAUAGUUUAGCAAAUGAAUUUUUAAAAUUUAAAAUGGUUAAAAAUAUAUAUUUUUGAAAAAAUACUCGGCCGAAAGAGCGAAGAUAAAAACAUAAACAAAAUAGAAAAAUAUUGAAAAUAUCUGAAAAGCAAGGUCUGUGAAUUCAGACCUUGUGUAAUACUAUAUAAUAAAACAGUUAUUCCACUCACUCAGGUCGAAUAUGAGCUUAUAUUCGACUUGAGUUUGUAGAAUAACUGUUAAUUGUAUAGUUUGUUAACUUCAGAUGAUUUUACUUGUCAAAGAGAGAGUGCUGCUACUCAAUGGGUUAAUCAGAAUGUCUCUCAAUGUAUCCUGUUAACCCUUUCAGUGGCGAUGUGCCCUGAGGCUCAAUAGACUGUAUUAUGCUGUAAUACAGUGUGAAAAUUUGUGGCAUUAGGCUGUUGCGGUAUAUCGAUGUAGUCGAUAAAUGUCGAAAUUUCAAAAAUAUUGAUAUUUGAUUUUGAAUACCGACAAUAUCAAUUAUUUCCUGUUAAAGCCUAGAAAUCACCUGUGGGCAAGAACCAAUAGGCUUGUAAAUAGUAAUUCUCAUACAUCAUUAGAUAUUCAUAGCAUUUCGGCCAAUGACAUGGUUUAAUUUACAUCACGUGUAUCUAUCUGGAUACCCCGUCUAGACCAGGACUUUAAUUACUUCAAGUGGGAAGGGCUUUGAACAAUAGGGAAAUUGAGGCGUAAACAAAAGAUUAUGCAAAUAUAUUUAAUUGCUAUGUUUAGAAUUAUUUCUAAAUACAGUAAGUUGUAUUUAGAAAUUUAUUCUAACUACACUUUAUAGCUAACACUUUUCCUAAACAUUUGAAAACUACAUAAAUAUAGGAAAACGAACUUUUUUACUAACUAUCAUAAUAAACAGCGCUUUAAACACUAUAAUACAGCAACUUACCAGUAAUGUUUACCGUCUAUAAAAUAUAUAUUCACUUCGGCUCUUUCAUUUUCCACCAGAUAGCGCCUUAUCGCACACACAAUCUGAUAUAUCGUUUUUCGGAUCCCCAACCUUGUCAGCCGAGCGACAAUACUGUGCACAAUGCUGUGCUUAACACUUUCUGGUUCUCGAAACCGCUUUUUCUUAUAUUAUAAGAAGAUACCAUGCUCUCAGUUUGCCAACAAAAUUAAUCUAUUCACGACGAAAGCGAACUGAAUGCUUCGUUGCACUUCAUGCGAACUUUCAAGCGAAUGUAAUCGUUAAUGCCCACGCUCACUUUUUUGAAUAUCUAAUAAUUUCAUGCCUCAUUGCUAUGAAAGUCUAAUGAUGUAUGAGAAGCAAUUUCAAAUCCUCAUUAGUGUUUUAAACUUGGCUUCCAAAUCCCCAGUGCCAUGAUCAAUGGCUCGGCUGCGCCUCGCCAUUGUUCAUGGCACUUGUAUUUAGAAACCACGUCUAAAACACUAACUCGGAUUUGAAAUAUUACAUAAAUCUUUUUAACAUUCCUAAAAUGACCAUAUUUGUAGUAAAUAAACCUUUUGAUAUUCGAUUAGAUUCAUGCAAAUUUUGCAAUGUUUUCUAUAUCAAUGUAUCGAAAUAUUCCAAUACCACAACAGCCUAUGUGGUAUUGCUUGUCGACCCAAAAGCUGGGUAGUUGACUCUGAUUAGUCACAACUGAAUAUAAUGGAUUCUGAUUGGCUGAACUUAAAUAUCAACAAACAUUGCAGGGCUUGAAAUAGCGGGCUGCCAAUGGCCAAAAGCAGGCCAUAUUUUAGAAAUGGAAAAGUGAAGAAAAAAACGGCAGGUGAAAUUCUAUAGAUAUAUUUCAUUUCAUUUGCUUACCACAACUCAUAUAUACUAGAUCAUUUAGUUGACUAAAUACGUUUAUUUUCGAAACGUAAAUUCAAGUUUACUGUAGUAAAAUAGACAAGUUUAAAAACAAUAAAAAUGCAUAUCAUGAAAACACUAAUUUUUACAAUGUGACUCAGGCCUUAAAAUAUCGGUCGGUCACGGACAUUGUCCAACCCAUUUGUGAAAUUGUCCGACGUAGAAAGAAAACUGAGGUUUAUUGUUUGUCCUACCUGAGUGUAUUUGUGUUGAACCAAACUGUAGCUUUGUCCAACAUAAAUCAAAAUGUACCCUAGCCCAGGACUAGAGGCUUGCAUGUUAAAUGGAAAGUCAGUACUAUUGUAUAAAAGGUGAACUGGAAGUGUUGUUUUAAUGUAGUCAAACGUGGGGUGGCGAGCGAAAUGGUGAAGUGGAAAACGUGCUUAAGUUGUCAAAGUCUUUUUUAAUACUGCUGUUCUGGAAAGCAAGUUAAUUUUAGCUUGGGAAUAAGUAUGAAAGAAAAAAAUUAAAAUUUCUUCACAACAUUUACAGUACAGAAUUAAUACAUUGUGCUGAUAUUCAUUUGUGUCAUUCAGACUUAUUUCCGAGUCAAAACUGAACUGAAGGUCAUCGGAGAUAUGUCCGACCCAAACUCGAUGUCAUUGGACAUUUUGUCAGACAGCCUGUGAAAGAUAUUUUAAGGCCUGAUGUGACUCAUAUGAGACAUUGUCAUUUUGGCAGUUCAGUGAAUAAAAUGGCAGGCUAAAAUUUAUUUCACCUGCCAAAAAAUGUUAGACUGGCAAGCCAUAUUCUUUCUCUACUUUGAGCCCUGGAACAUUGGACUUUAAUUUUUAAAAUCAAAAUAAUACAUUUGUGACACUUGAUGUUCAUUGUAAAUUUCACUGCUCUCUAUGCUUCAAACUACUAAAUUUUUGAUGCAAAAAUGUUUCUAAUGUAUUGCAGAGUAAUAUGAUCUUGUAUGUUAAUUCAAAGUCAGACAAGCGCCAAACAAUUUUACUUGUCCAGUGGAGAGUGCUGCCACUCGGUCGGUUAAAAUAGAAAAAAAUUGCAAAAUGACCUAAAAUAGUCAGUCAGUUUUUUGCAGAAGAAGCCAUUUAAAAUAGCUUGUAUUCAUGCAAUAGUCUCGAUUACAGGCCUCGAAUUUCCCUGAAAUCAAUCGACGGCAUUGGUGUUAAAAAUUGCCGUAGAAUGUAACAGCUGUCUACGACAAUUUUGGCAGUUUCCACAGCAUUUUUUCAAAUUACUGUAAUAAAAAUUUAAUUUUAUUGAAGAUUACUUUGGAUUGUUGACAAACUAGAAACAUGUUUACAUAUUUCUUUAGUGUUUUUUUUUAAGAAAACUGAGACUAAAAUAGUAGUUUAUGCAUAAUUUGAUCAGCAUCUGAAUUCAAGUAUCAAAAUAGCAAUGCACAGUGAAUAGUAUAAAAAAUAUUCUAUGUGGCAAAAAAUAAGCCCUGCCUGAUUAUAUGAGAGCACUGCAUGUUCCUAGGCUGAUUUUAAACUUGUAUUCAAUUAGCCAUUCCGAAGUUGAUGAAAGGACUGGGGACGAGUGUUAAAAAGUGCCCAAAUUAAGAAAUUAACCAAAUCACUAAAAAGAGCACCUCAAAAUUAGUUAGUAUACAAAGUUUGAAGACGUUUACAUGAAUACCCUUCAAAUAAUAAGCUUUCGAAAAUCCCGAUAUUUAUUUUCGAAAGCUUAUUAUUCGAAGGGUAUUCAUGUAAACGUCUUCAAACUUUGUAUACUUACUAAUUUUGAGGUGGUCUUUUUAGUGAUUUGGUUCAUUUCUUAAUUUGGGCACUUUUUAACACUCGUCCCCAGUCCACUCAUUAACUUCGGAAUGGCUAAUGAUGAUGUUGUGCAAGUCAUAACCCAACCAGAUUGCACUAAUAGUGAUUUCCAAUAAUUGGUAAUCAUAUAUAAAUUCCUGAUUAUAGCAUGAUUGGUCAAUCACUAUAUAUACCUCAAAAUAACUCUGCAGUUAAUACAUACCAACGCCCCCCAUGACACUGAUUUCUCUAUUUUACAGUUCAAGUCAAUCUCACACGCUUACGAAGUUCUCGCGGAUGAAAAGAAACGUAAACUGUAUGACGAGGGGGGUGAACAAGCUUUGAAAGAGGGGACGUCUGGCGGUGGAUUUCACAAUCCCAUGGAUAUCUUUGACAUGUUCUUUGGUACAAGAUCUCAUGGCAAGGGACGGGAUGUCGGCAGAGAUAUGGUGCAUCAAUUGAAGGUACUAAAAACCAACACCAUGGUCAAAUGCCCGUGCAUAUUUACUGCUUGUGUUCAAAAUACUGGAAAUGAUAUUGUCUUCAUGAAGCAACUAUUGAAGCUCGCCAUUGACGAGCUCGCAGCGCGAGUGGCUUUAGACCUAAAAAAACACGACCUGCGAGUUUAUUAAACGGCUUCAAACACGACUACAAAUUCAAUUUCAAUAGAUAUACUGCCUUAUUAUAGUGUUCUUUAUAUAAAGAAUACUAAUGAGGACACGAAAUAGAUACUGCCUUAUUAGUAUUCCUUAUAUAAAGAAUACUAAUUAGGAGUGUUUUAUCAGUGAGGUUUAAAACCACUGCAUGUGACAUACUGUAUUAUGGUUGACAUGAUUUGCCAAUAAGCUUAUGAAUUAUUAGUGAGUGUUUGAACUCAGUAUAACUUUGUCUGCCAUAAAAAGCAUUGAAAUUCUCUACCUCUAAUAUUUUCAGCCGUUUUCUUAUAGUAAGCGAUUUGUUCCUCGUUUUUCCUCCUAUUAUUUUGGCAGACAUUUUGCCCCCCAUUUCCGUAUUCUUGUACAUGUGCUUUACAUGUGUCAUUUUAUUGUUGCAAUUUAUUUAUUUAUUAUGCAAAUUUCACACAAUCUGCACAAAUACAAACACAAGAGUGAGCAACCUAUCAAUCAUAGCAGGGUAUAUACUACAGCUUACGCCAAUUACAGUACCCUUACAAAACGAAGAUGACACAUUCUACAUUAGAUUUUUAGUAAUAUAAAAAGGCCAAUUUGCACCCAGGAAAAACCCUUUAUAGGAUAGGAACGGAAAGGAAAGUUACAUAGUGCUAAAGUCGUUAGUUCCAAUUUCAUAAUGGUUUUGGAGGACUCUCGCUUUGACGAGUAAAAUCGUCUGGCAUUAGACGGAGUAAGAUAACAAAGUAGGGUCAUUUGAGUUAACAAUGCUUUUACUUUUUGGAGAUGUUGUAACUUAAAUAUUAGAGACCUUACGAUUUUAGGACGGCAACGGCUACCAAUACAAUAGAUUAUUGAAAAGAAUUGAGUAAUUACAAUAUAUGAAUAAUUUAGACAUUGUCCUCGCUCUGUUUACAACGCUAAAUCACAGAUUUUCACGUCUUGAUACAAUGGCUGCAUUCCAAGCCACAACAAGUGCAACUUCAAACUGGGUUUAGCAGAACUCUUCCCAACCAUAAAACCCAUCUCUUCAACUUCUAAAACUGUAUUAAAUCCACAGGAUUGAUAAUAUACGACGAACUAUCUUUACUAUACCAUUUAUUUGAAGGAGUUUGUUUUGGCUGUUGCCGUCCUAAAAUCGUAAGGUUUCUAUUGCAAUCUCUAAAUGCCACGACAUGACACCACGAAUGCUGAUCAAAUUGUAAUGUGUUUCAUUUUAUUCAGGUUUCUUUGGACGAUCUGUACAACGGCACAGUGAGAAAAUUGGCAUUACAGAAAAAUGUCCUUUGCAAGAAAUGUGAUGGAAGAGGGGGGAAAGAGGUAGCGUAACAAUCUUAAAUUUAACAGUUGGCCGUUUUCUGAGCAAAAUGCCAUAUUGGCGCCGUUUUCUGAGUAAAAUGCCAUAUUGGCUGUUCAGUGUAGUGCUGUGCGCAGGCAUUAUGGCUAAUCGUUAUUAGCUAUUAGUUCGCAAGACUAAUAAUAAAGUCAGGUGCAUUCGGGUGUAUUGCAGCUUAAUGGGUUAACGAUAGUGAUUUACUGAUUUGUGUCACAAUCGGAAUUUUCUUAUCACCGAUUUAACAUUUUGUAUUAAAACGCAAGGCGUAUCAACGCGUAAUGUAUAUAACUGCAUAUUUUCUCGACAAUCGGUUGAUACCGAUAAUUUUACUAGGGCUCAAAAUAACGGGACAUACUGUAGGUCUCCGGUCAAAAUGACCGAUCAAAAUGACCGAUCAACUUGAUUUUAGCUCGGUCAAAAUCUGUUUAUGACCGAUCAUUGAUAUGCUUACACUAACAGUCAAACUAUUAGAAACUUGUUUCGAUACAUCAUAGUUUCAUGUUUUAAUUCAACUAUUCAAGACGUCCGAAAUCGCAUUAGAAGGCAUGAAAAUGUGGCCGGUCAAAAUGACCGGUGAAGUAAAAAAGUGACCGGCCGAGAGGCAUUUUUGGCUGGUACAUUGUCCGUUGACCGGCCGUUAUUUUGAGCCCUGUUCCGGGGAUUCCGAUUGUUAAAAUGGGGAAAAUUGGCCCGACCCACAUUCAUGGUAGAUGGCUUGGUAAGAAAUGCAUUUUUUCACAUCUUCUAGGGAGCGGUGGAGAAAUGCCGGCCGUGCCAAGGAACAGGAACUGUGACGAGAAUACUCCAGAUAUUUCCAGGAAUGGUACAACAGACUCAGUCCAUAUGCCACGAUUGCCGAGGUGAAGGCGAAAAAAUCAGAGGUGUGUUUAAUGGUUUUAUUUAUAACCCACAGGUCCGGUUUCUUAAGCCUGGUUUCGAUAUGGUCGUAACGAUUGAGUCACGAUCUUUCUUAUCACCUGAAAUACAACAUUUUAGAACUGAAAAUACGCGGAUUGAUUAUAACUAGAGAAUACUUUCUUCAACUUCUUCAACUGUUAGCUCUAUCGAGCAAGAUGGCCAGGAGCGAAUAUAGUCUCACCUGCUAGGAGGAGUGUAGGUUUUCCAUGGGCUGAUGCAUUAGGGAAUGUUACUGCCCACUCUCCUCUGCAGUCUGCAACGCUACUGUCCCAACAUUACCAUUAUUUGAGAUGGCCGAACCUGUAUGUUUGCCGUUCUGUUACGUUUUACAUUUAAUAAUUUAUCUUUUUUUUAUAAAGUUUAUAUCUGCUUCUUUAUCACGUAUGCGUGACUGGACAGUUGCUGUAGCACAGUACAGUACAAAUAUUUGCUUGUUAAAGUACAGAAAAUGUGAAAAUAUCGCUGUAUAACAUUACAACCUCGACAUGUUAAUGAUGAUGACAAUGGUUGAUGAUGACAAUGGUUGAUGAUUUAUGCUCAGCAAUGCGUUGUUAGAGAUGUCGCACUCUAUAGCCGAUAUAAUCCGCAUCACACAGAUCACAUUGAAAUCUAUACCCGAUUUAUGCAUUAUAUAAAUCACAAGUUCAAGUUCAAUUUAUUUCAACUAUUUACCGUAACAUAUACAUCACAUUAGACGAAAUAUUCAUAAUACAAAUUCGGUGUAAAUACAUAAAAAGGUUUUAAAUUAAGAUAUUCAAACAGUGCACGAAAUCACAUUGAAAUUUAUACACGAUUUAAUUAAACAUUAAACAAAUGUUGUUUAGAAAAAGACAAGUGCAAAGGUUGUCACGGAAAAAAGACACUGCGGGAACAAAAAAUACUAGAAGUUCGAAUCGAGAAAGGAAUGGAGGACGGGCAGAAAAUCACAUUCAGCGGCGAGGCUGAUCAGGAGCCUGGGAUCAAGCCUGGUGAUGUCGUCAUCAUACUAGACGAGAAGGACCACGCUGUCUUCAAGAGGAGAAAAAACAACUUGCAUAUUAGCAUGGAGCUAAACCUGGUCGAAGCCGUUUGCGGCUUUGAGAAACACAUCGAAACUCUCGACAAGAGGUGGUUAAAAAUUACCUCGCCACCAGGAGAAAUUAUAAAACCGGGCGAAAUUAAGGCGAUUAGCGACGAAGGAAUGCCUGUCUAUGGAAGGUCCAUUUCAAAAGGAAGUCUGUUUAUCAAAUUUAAUGUGGUGUUUCCGCCAAACGAGUUUGUUACAUUGGAAGCUAUAGAGAAAUUGAAGGCGUUAUUGCCUCCAGCUGACGAACCUAUCAUUCCAGACGAUAUUGAAGAAUUUAUAUUGGACGACAUCGAUCCAGAAAAUUCUAGUUCGUCCAACAACCAGCACCACUACGUUGUAAGUAUUCAUUUGGGGAUUUUCUAUUAACUACUGUACAUACACACGCAGAAUCUCACAACAAAACACAAGAUGUUUGUGAUGUUACUCUGAGUGUGCAUCCACACUGGGCAAGCUGAAACGUUUGCCUGACCAAAGUCAAAGUCAAAAUACUUUAUUUAGGGUAAAAACACCAUUACUGGUUGCCCAGUAGUUUUCAUGAUGGCCCUCAAACUGUUUUGUACUCAGGUGAAUAAAGAUUAGUAUUCCAAAGGUCGCGGAUUCCAUUCCCACCGUGGUCAGGCAAACUUUUCAGCUUGCCUGGUGUGGAUGCACACUCAGAGUAACAUCACAAACAUCAUAUUCACCUGAGUACAUAACACCAACACACACAAAAAAUGGCAUCUUAAAAUACAUCGAUAUCGAAGGAACUAUAGACUCAGUUCCGAAAUAUCACUAACUCCAACCGACUUGACCUUGUAGCUCAGUUGGCAGAGCCGUGGACUAGUAUUCCAAAGGUCGCGGGUUCGAUUCCCACCGUGGUCAGGCAAACUUUUCAGCUUGCCCGGUGUGGAUGCACACUCAGAGUAACAUCACAAACAUCAUAUUCACCUGAGUACAUUACACCAACACACACAAAAACACAAGAUGAUAUUUCUUCUCUAUUUCGAAGUCAUUGUCAGGUUUGAAAAACUGAAGGACGAGGUUUUUUAAUUUUUUGAUAAUCCAAAACCUCGAAAUUUUGACUAGAAAACGAUAUUAUCUCGACCAAUCUUACACCAUGCCAACCUCGUACCCAGUGCUAGUCUGACUCUGUCGCUGCCUUCAACUCGGGACUACCCCUCAGUACGAGGUUGACACCACACAUUGCAUGUCAUGUACAAGUGGUGUUAUGUCCGUUGAAGUGGUGUUAUGACUUCAGAAUGUCUAGUAAACUCCGUUUGUAAAGUCAAUCUUUAUGCCAAUAGACAAUUCCCAUUAUAGACUCAUUUUUGAUCUUGGCAAAGUGUAUACUAAAAUGAGUAAAGUUUGGUUGCGAAAUGUUGUAAAAUGCGGAAAAUAUAGCCUUGCAAAGUUCGCAAAUUUUGUAUACUUUUGUAUUGUGUGCGGAAAUUGCUACCACAUUUGGGCCGAAAAUGGUAGCAAUUUCCGCACACAAUACAAAAAAUUUGCAAUCUUUGCAAGGCUAUAUAUUUUCCGCAUUUUACAACAUUUCGCAACCAAACUUUGCAAUUUUACUCAUUUUAGUAUGCUCUUUCUAACUGUGGUGACUUAUUUGCAUCUCCUUGCCUAGUUUUAAAAUUACUCUAUAAUCUAUUUUGUUAUGUGAAAAUAUCACUACAGGCCCUAAAUUAUAUUGUUGUCUAAAAUUUUCUAGUUUGACGGUUCGGACGACGACGAUGGCCCACAGCAAUCAGGAAUGCAAUGUCAAACACAUUGAGGCAAUAUGUCAAAAACUUCGAAACUUUGUCGCGACAAACUGAAAGAAUACUGUUGAGAAAUAUACAUAAAAUAAACAAACAGACUAACAAUAAUAUUUAUAAAUAUUGUUAAUUUUUGCGAAAACAUUUGCUUGAUUAGAGGGUAAUGGCAAUGAAAUUCAAGUCUGUUUUGAUAGAAAGAACUCUUUAAACUGUAAAAUAAGUUAUUUUACAACUUUCUUUUAAUCUUUUUUCAUUAUUGAGAUAUCUUUUAGAUUGUUUUGAUAUUCAUUUGUAUAUAUUAGAUUGUUUUGAUAUUCAUUUUGAUAUUCAUAUGUAUGACAUCACAAGCUAGUAAAACAAUUUUCAACGAUGACAGUCGCGCCAAAGUCGCAAGCUCAUUGUUGAAAAUAGAGGUCAUUCAGGUCUAUACCGAUGGUCCUAUAUUGAUUAAUCUUGCAUACAAAUUUAUAUGCAUACAAAUUUUUAUUUAUCUUAAUUUUAAUUAAUCUUGCAUACAAAUUUGUUAUGUGGACUGUCAUAAACUUUGUCCCGCUGGUAACGUCAUCUUUUUUACAUAUCAAAUAAACUGAAAUAUCUAACCAAAGAAAGAUGUAAAAAAUUGUAAAAUGACUUAUUCUACAGUGAUGUAAGUACAUUUACAUUGAAAGAGCUUCUUUGUAAAUUUUAUUGCCAAUACCCUUUAAGCUGGUAUAAUUAUAUUAACCUCCUUUGCGGGUAUCGCCUUUAGAAUUUAGAUUGGCGGGCAGAAUUUGGAUAUGGGCAAAAAAAAUUUGUGGAAUAAUUUCCAAACUUUCUUGGAAUAAGCACAAUGGAUUGCUUGUUCGUUUAUAAUAUAUAUACUCACAUGGAAAACUUGUGUGUUUUGCAGGCUGGAGAGUUUAAUAAAUCGCUUUUAAUUUAGCAGGAAUUAUUACCAAA